AUGCCGUGGCUCACCAGAGUUUCCGGCUUCGUCUGCGCCGGUCUUCUCAUCGCGGUGCUCUCCCCUUCCUUCCAGACCUUCCCACCGGCGGAGGCCAUCCGAUCUUCCCACUUCGACGGCAACCUCCGGUACCCCGGCCAGAUCGACGCCGCCGCUGGUGAGGCCCCCUCCCGGUUCUCCUUUCGGACGGCGCCGCUGUUCCGCAAUGCCGACGGCUGCCGCCGGCCGUCGUUCGCCGCCGGCGAGCUGGCGGCGGAUCCUACGGCCUGCGACCCUUCCCUGGUCCACAUUGCCAUCACGCUGGACGAAGAGUACCUCCGUGGAUCGGUCGCCGCCGUCCACUCGGUCCUCCAGCACGCGCAGUGCCCGGAGAGCAUCUUCUUCCACUUCCUGGCGACGGAGACGGCGAGCCUGGAAACCCUUGUUCGAUCCUCCUUCCCCGAUCUCCGAUUCAAGGUGUAUUUCUUCGAUCCGGAGCGGGUGAGGGGCCUCAUCUCCACCUCGGUGCGCCAGGCGCUGGAGCAGCCGCUCAACUACGCCCGCAACUACCUCGCCGAGGUCCUCGAGCCCUGCGUGGAGCGCGUCGUCUACCUCGACUCCGAUCUGGUUGUGGUCGACGACGUCGCCAAGCUCUGGGGGACCUCCCUGGGAUCCAGCGCCGUGGGGGCUCCCGAGUACUGCCACGCCAACUUCACCAAGUACUUCACCGACCGUUUCUGGUCGGAGCCCCGCCUCGCCGCCGCUUUUACCGGCCGCCGGCCCUGCUACUUCAACACCGGCGUUAUGGUGUUCGACCUGGCGCGGUGGCGGCGGGGGGGAUUCACCAGGGAGAUCGAGCGGUGGAUGGAGGUGCAGCGGCGGGAGGGGCGGAUCUACGAGCUGGGCUCUCUCCCCCCCUUCCUGCUGGUGUUCGCCGGCCGCAUCGCCGCCAUCGACCACCGCUGGAACCAGCACGGCCUCGGCGGCGACAACGUCAGGGGAAGCUGCAGGGACCUCCAUCCCGGCCCCGUCAGCCUCCUCCACUGGAGCGGCAGCGGAAAGCCAUGGACCAGGCUCGAUUCCCACCGUCCGUGCCCCCUCGACGCUCUCUGGGCUCCCUACGACCUCCAUGGCCGCUCGCCGUGA